AUGGGCAAUGUUCUAUCAUUUGUCGCAGAUGCAGUGCCUCCAAAGGCCACUUUCUCCGCUAAUCAAAUUCCAAACCUGACAGGAAAAGUAGUUAUUGUGACUGGUGCCAACACGGGUAUCGGGAAGGAGACUGCGAAGGUUCUACUUGCACAUGGCGCGAAAGUUUACAUCGCUGCUCGCAACCAGGCUGCUUCACAGGAGGCCAUUCGUCAACUGAAGCAGGAGACCGGAAACGAGGCAGUAUUCUUGAAACUUGACCUUGGAGAUUUGAAGGCAAUCAAGGCAUCUGCUGAAGAGUUCCUGAGCAAAGAGACACAGCUCCAUGUCCUUCUGAAUAACGCUGGCAUUAUGGGACCGCCGAUCGAGCUAGUGACUACAGAUGGCUAUGACCUCCAAUUUGGAACGAACGUCCUUGGCCACUAUUACUUUACAAAGCUCCUGCUCCCCAUUUUAACCUCGACGGCUAAAGCUACUCCCGACAGGAAAGUCCGCAUUGUAAACGUCGCUUCCUGCGCCCAUCUAUUUGGAGGUCUCGAUUUUAAUACUUUCAAAGAUGGCCCGGCUCGAAAGAAAUGCUCAAAGGCCACCCUUUACAACCAAAGCAAAUUCGGAAAUGUCGUGCUCGCUCUUGGAUUGGCGAAGCGAUAUGGAGACCAGGGUAUUAUUUCAACGGCGCUGAAUCCUGGCAUUAUCAAUUCGGACCUGUUGCGUCAUACUGGAACUCAAUUUCCAAGUAUUGUCAAGAAGAUUCUAUUUAAGGCAGUACUAUAUGAUGUGUCGCAAGGUGCCCUUACGCAGUUGUAUGCUGCUACUUCGCCAGAAGCUGGUAGCUUGAAUGGGAAGUAUCUUGUGCCGUGGGCUCGCGUCAAACAACCCAGGCAGGAAACCCAAGACCCUCAACUCGGCAAGGCGCUGUGGGAUUGGCUAGAGGAGCAAGUGAAGGAUGUAUGA